AUGACUGGUUCGAACUCCUCUGUCACCAGUGAAUCUAAGAUUCACCCUGCCACAACCGUCUCCAACAUCAAGUCUUUGAUCCCUAUCACUCUAGAAAUUGAAUCCGGUCAAUACAAUUCUUGGGCAACCCUCUUUAAACUCCACUGCAAAGCUUUUCUUGUAUUCGAUCACAUCAAAAACAAACCCGAAACUUCCUCCAGUGACACCAACAAGCCGACAGACGAUUGGGAGCGUCUGGAUGCCAUUGUUUUACAAUGGAUAUACAGUACGAUCUCAAACGACCUUCUACACACCAUCAUUAAUAAGACUGCUACUGCGUACGAUGCUUGGGUUGCCAUCGAAAAUCUUUUUCAUGACAACAAAAGUGCUCGUGCGAUCCAACUUAUGCAUAAAUUCUCCAACACCCGCCUUGACGGCUUCCCGAAUGUGUCCGCGUAG